GCUAGUAGUGGAUGCUCUGGAGACUAUGAGUGUGUGUCUUUAUUCCCUUUUGAAAAGGACCAGCUAGACAAAGCCAACUUCUGCCUUUCUAUCUCACUGUAUCAAGAGUCUGGUAUUAUAUAAGCAUGGCUCUUAAGCAUCCAUUCUUAUCCAUCUUGUCAGCUACAAGCCGGGCAACAGGGAAAUCAUCAGUCCUGCUCUGAAUACCUUGGAUUUUCGUAUUGUGCUUGAGAUGACUGUCUUCCCCAGCAAGUCAGUCCUUUAUUCGGUGUAGUUCCUCCUUCCUUCCCAAUCUUGUUAUGCCCCUUCUUUUGUAUUUUGCAGCUGAUAGUCGGGCGGUGUCUUCUCCGUGAUAAGAUCAAUGAAGACUAAGAAUAGCACAAAACCAAAAGAUUACUGCAAAGAAGAAGGGGAAAAAAUGGAAACAGGAGGACACAGAAUUGUACAGCUACUGGAGCAGGAGCCAGGGAAUGCAGAAAUGGAGGAUUAACAGAGACUCAAGGAAAGUUUAAGAAGACUACCUAACAGAUGCCGUCUUGUCCCUGAGAUGGAAGUGCCGAGCAUCAAGGAUUUUCAGUGGAAAACUCUUGCACCUCUGCCCAGCCCAAGAGUCUAUUGCUCCCUGGUUGAGGCUGGGGGUCAAGUUUUUGCCAUCGGUGGCUGUGAUGACAAUGGCAUCCCCAUGGACUGUUUUGAAGUGUACUCCCCUGAAGCGAACCAAUGGAAUUCUCUUCCCCCAAUGCCUACAGCCAGGGCUGGGGUUGCUGUAGCUACGCUGGGCAAGAGAAUCAUGGUGAUCGGAGGUGUUGGAGCUAACCAGAUGCCAUUGAAGAUUGUGGAAAUGUACAACAUAGAUGAGGGCAAGUGGAAGAAACGAAACUCCUUGAGGGAAGCUUCGAUGGGGAUCUCUGUGACAGUAAAAGACUACAGGAUCUAUGCAGCAGGUGGAAUGGGAGCGGACCUACGCCCACACAAUUAUAUGCAGCAUUAUGACAUGCUAAAGGACAUUUGGGUAUCACUGGCAACCAUGCCAACACCGAGAUAUGCUGCUACAUCUUUCCUGCGGGGCACUAAGAUCUAUGUGCUCGGUGGAAGACAAUCCAAAUAUGCUGUGAAUGCCUUUGAGGUCUUUGACACGGAGACCAGAUCUUGGACAAAAUUUCCCAACAUCCCCAGCAAAAGGGCUUUCUCCAGCUUUGUCUGCACAGAGAAUAACAUUUAUAGCCUUGGGGGAUUACGGCAAGGCAGGUUAUACCGUCAGCCUAAAUUCAUGAAGAAUGUGGAUGUGUUUGACAUUGAACAAGGAGGAUGGAUGAAGACUGAGCAUUCAUUCUUUCUGAAGAAACGGCGGGCUGAUUUCAUAGCUGGUUAUUUGAAAGGGAGACUUGUCAUAGCUGGAGGAUUAGGAAACCAACCAACUGUUCUGGAAUCAGCUGAGGCCUUUCAUCCUGGGAAGAACAAAUGGGAGAGCCUACCUCCUAUGCCCACCCCACGAUGUGCCUGCUCCAACAUUGUGGUAAAAAACUGCCUUCUGGCUGUAGGUGGAGUGAACCAGGGCCUGAGUGAUGCAGUGGAAGCUCUCUGUGUCUCUGACUCCUAGCUGGCCUGUCUCUAGAUCCUCCCUGUACAAGGGGCCUAUACAAUACACCUGAGAAGGUCAGCAUUCUGCAGUUCUGAGUGCUGGGCCACCACUACGUAACACAGGAAGAGUUUACAUCUUCUCUACACCAUCUGCCCCACUCUGCUGCUUUCCUGUAACUCUGUUCAUUCACUGUUUUAGAGAAGGUCCCUUCUUGCCUCAUGUAGCUUUGUGGCUGUGGCAGUUACCAGAGGCUCUUCCUUGUGGCAGUGUCAUCCUUGCAAGUACUGCUGAGCUGCACAACUUGA